AUAUUCGUGUAAUAUAUAUAUUAAUGUAGUACAUAGUAUAUUCGUCAGUGUGGAGUCCAGGUAUAGCACACAUCUGGAACAGCAGUAGGCAGCAUACGUCAUUUCAUUGGUUGAGGUACGCAGUGAACCCAAAUAAGACAAAGAAAAUAUCGCGAUACUUCACUCUUCACGUUAGGUACUUUGGCUAGCCCAGCGAGCUAUCACCUACGCACCCGAAUUAGCCUCCUUUAAUACCUCCUCAUAUCCUCGUGUCCACUUCAGGGCUUCUCCUCUGGCUCUUGUGUUCUUAUCGGAGGCCUCCUCCUCCUCCUCCUAGUGUUGUUUCAGCAGACGUCCACAGAGAAGGACGUCCCUUUGAUGCUCCACACGUUCACUGAUAUUAACCCGUCCCCCGUCCUUCAGACUCUUUUCUUCAUCUCUUUUGAACGAGCCGUCCGUCAUGUCUCAGAAGUCUCAGUCUGACGGGGGUCAAAAACACUUUGCCGUGGGCCGCGGGCUCCUCGCCGCAGCCGAGACCUUGAACUUCAGCAUGAGCGAGCAGCGGUCCGGCAGGCAGAUGGUGGGUGGGGCCUCGGGCGUGGGGGUGAGCGGCGCCAUGGACAACCAGGACGGGGGCUCCCAGAUUGCGCGGCGCGGUGGUGGUAACCACAUCGGCAACACCAUGAAGCUGUUUGCCAGUCUGGGCCUGUCGCCCUCCGACCUGGACGCUCUGGCUGAGAUCCCAGAAGAAGACAUCAGCGUGGAGACUCUACCGCACAUCCUCAUGCAGCUCAAGAGCCGUAAAGCGGACGCCUCAGAGCGGCGGGGGGCGGCGGCCACGUCCUCAGAAGGCGGGUACCGAGGAGGACGUGACGGCUGGGACGGCGGGAACACAGGGAGGAUGGGCGGUCCUUCUCUGGGGCCCGGCUCGGCCCGGGGCCAGACCUCAGCGGACUUUGGCUACGGUUCGCUGCAGGACGGCGUCUCCAGCCGAGGCUACAGCUUGAGUUUCGGCAGCGGGGGGGGCAGCAGAGAACGGCCGUACUCGGAGCUUUCCCACCACGACUCCUACAGCGGGCUCGGCAUCGGGCCGUCGGCCUCUGACCCCGACUUUAGGCAGAGGAGGAUGGGCUCCCCGUCCAACGGGAAGAUCCAAGACUUCUUGGGGGUCAUGCCCCCCAUGUACCCCCACGUGUGCUCUCUUUGUGACUUUGACGUUCACUCCACCAUGGAGUGGAACCAGCACACUAACGGACUCCGACACGAUGAGAACAGACGGCUGCUGCUCAACAUGUAUCCCGACUGGGACCCUGGGAUGUCCUCAGGCAGAAGUGGGAGUCUUCUGGAGACCCCCAACAUGUCUGCAGGGCUGCUGGGACCGGCCCCCAUGUCUUCCUCUCAGACCGAGAGGGGGAUGUCCUCCAGCUGGGGAGGAGGUGGAGGAGGUCCUGUUCUGUCAGGAAAGAACCAGUCAGGACAAAAUAAGGUGAGGAGCAGGGUGGUGGUGGUGAAGUAUGACAGGAAGCCUCUGAGCAACAAGACUCUGUUCUCCUUCACGGAGCCUUUCGGCUGUCUCACGGAGCACCUGGUCCUCAAGAACAAGGCCUUCCUGGAGAUGAGCAGCCACGAAGAGGCUGUGGACAUGGUGAACUACUACGAGCAGAACCAGGCGUCUUUGUAUGGGAAGGAGCUGAGCUUCUACUUGUCCAAGAGGCUUCUGGUGAUUGAGAAGGACCAGCGGGCCGCCGACAGGUCCGUCCGGGAGGUCAAAGGUCAGGGCAGCCAGGUGGUGUUCUUCGCCAACCUGCCCAAAGAGGAUGAGAAGAAGAAAGAGCUGCUCACCAUCGCCGGACGCUUUGGCACUGUGGAGAAGCACCUGUUCCUCACUCACCAGGCCUUUGUCCAGCUUGGGACUCCGGAGGACGCUGAGAUGUUGGUGAAGUACUACAGCGUGAACCCUCUCACAAUCAAAGGCAGACCGAUCCGCCUCAACAUCUGCACCAAGUACAAGACGCUGACGGUCAACCGCAGACAAGGAGGAGAGGAUCUUGGCCAGAGAAGCAGCGCAGCUGACUCCCCCGGAACCAAGACCUCCUCCAAGUCCUCAUCUAGAACCAGAGAGGAGGGCAAGAAGUGGGAGGAGAAGGAGCAGCCUGAGGAGCAGCCUACAGCUGAGGAGGAGGAGGAGGAGGAGGUGUCAGGAGUGAUGGAUGGCGAGGACCAAGGGGAGGAGCGGGUAGCUGAUGGAGAUACAAAGGAGGAGGAGUCAAAAGGAGGUGCAAAGGAGACGGAGGAGGUUCCUGAUGGGGAUGAUGUCACAGAAGAUCCACCUAGCGAUGGGGGCGGGGCCGAAGCAAAGUUCAAGCAGGAGGCGGAGUCAGAGGAGCAGCCCCAACGCACAGAAGUCUCUGCCAAGGAACCCGAGAACAAAGAAGAAAUGGAAGCAGAACAUGGAGAAGGUUCAGAGACUGUGGAGGGAGACCUGUCUGCUGAUUCUACGUUUGAUCAUGACUUCCUGGAGAACAUGGAGGACUUUGUGACGCUGGAUGAGCUGGACGAGGACGAAGCAGACGGAGAGUCCGACUCCACCGACAACACCAGGAGAGGGGGAAUGAGGGUGGUGACCAUCGUGGGCUUCAGACGAGGUUACAACUUCAUGAACGCGCUUCAGGGACUUGCCAAACCUUUUGGGAAGGUGGUGAAACAUCUGGUGCUGGACCUGAGACCGGAGGCGUACCUUCAGUUUGCUACAGAAGAAGAAGCUCGCGCCAUGGCCAGCUUCUACAACGGAAACAUCAAGGCGACUGUGUGCGGCCGCCCGGUGAGAGUCAGUCACUCCCUGAGCUACCCGACCAUCCAGUGCGGCUCCAGCAGGGUGGUCUACGUGGGUAAGAUCCCCAUGAACGAGUACUCAGACGACGCCAUCUUGAAGCUGGCGGAACCGUUCGGGAAGGUCAAGAAGUAUUUCCUCAACAGGCUGAAGAGAGAAUGUUUCAUAGAGAUGGAGAAAGCUGAGGAGGCUGAGAAAAUGGCCGAAGAAUGCAAAGCAAAUCCUCCGAGGUUCAACGGGAAACGUUUGACGGUUUACGUCAGCAGGAAGUACAGACAGCUCAAACACGGACACCGAUGUCCAGACAGAAACAAGAGAGAGAACAGCAGCAGCUCUCCUAAAGCCUCCAAACACCCCGAAGAACCUCCAGCCAAGAAAUCCAAGGAAGACAAGAAGCACGAGGAGGAACCUGUGGAGGAGAAGGAGGACGAGGUGCUGACUUAUAACGACAAAGAAGAAGAAGAAGAAAAGCCAUCGGAGAAGAUUCCUGAAGUUUCUGAUCACAACCAGAAGCUCUGCCAGGAAGAGGUGCAGUCGACGUCCAAUGAGAACACACAGACCGAGGCCCCGCCCCCGCCUGAAAACAAACCCAUUGUGGCGUCCCUGCCGCUGGCCCCCCACGACCCCGACACCCCCGUUGGUGUGGAACACGUGAAGAUGGGUUUCUACUGCCGCGUCUGCUUCCUCUUUUACUCCAACGAGGAGACGGCCAAGAAGAUACACUGCAGCAGCCAGGCGCAUUACGACAAGCUGCAGAAAUAUCUGGAGAAGGAGCAGACCAAAGCGGAGAAGAAGAAAGGGAAGAAGAGUGCCUAGAAGUACUUUUUCUUUAGUCACAUGUUUAGUCAGUAGUUUUCAGUUCUGUGUUUAUAUUGCGUCUCCCAGAGCCGUUGUCACGGCGACAAGGUUGAAGUUUUAACAAUCAGUCCAACACAGAUUUUAAUGUUUAAACUAUUUCCUGGUGACCAACGGAGAAUCAUUAGAAAGUAGUUCCACUUUCUGUAUAUAAAGUCCCAGUGAAGAGCUCGUCUGCUCUUUUGUGUCUUUUCAUCCUCAGAAAAAUGUGUUGAACUUUCUUGGUUGAUGGAUUUUUGAAUUAAACAAGUUUACUCAAA